UCCAGCUGCGUGGUGUGUGGCUGAUAACUCCUGCUCUCAUUUUCUGCUGUCCUGCUUUGUGCUCUGUAGCUUGGCUGACCUCGACGAGUUCAUAAAAACCUCCAAUAAAGGUUUGAGCAAGAAGGUUGAAAAAGGCGAUUAUGAUGGCUUGGUGGAGGUUAUGGGUCAUCUCCUGGCUGUUAAAGAAAGGCAAAGUGUCACCGAUGCCAUGUUUGAGCCCCUGAAGCAAACCAUGGAGCUGCUGAGGAUGUACGAGCAACAGCUGCCAGAGGAAGUCCAUAAGCAACUGGAGGAGCUGCCAGAGAAAUGGAACAAUGUCAAGAAGCUGGCGCUGGCUGUGAGGCAGCACGUGGCUCCUCUGCAGGCGAACGAAAUGACGGUGCUGCGCAAGAGCUGCGCGGCGUUUGAUGCUGAGCAGCGCCGGUUCAGGGAGAGAUUUCGGAAGGAAGCACCGUUCAGGUUUGAUGCUGAAAAGCCUUAUCAACUGCUGGAUGCAAAGCACAUUGAGAUUAAACAAAUGGAGUCAGCCAUGACCUCAAUUUAUGAAUCAGCUGGUCUGUUUGAAGUCAUGGUGCCGGAUUAUAAACAACUGAAGCAGUGCAGAAAGGAGCUGUGUCUUCUCAAAGAGCUCUGGGAUAUGAUCACCCUGGUGAACACGAGCCUUGAUGACUGGCAGACCACCAAAUGGGUGGAUAUUAAUGUGGAAAACUUGGAUUUGGAGUGUAAAAAGUUUGCAAGAGAAGUUCGGAAUUUGGAUAAGGAAAUGAGGGCGUGGGAUGCUUUCACUGGACUGGACAGCAAGGUGAAGAACAUGGUGACAGCUCUGAAAGCUGUGGCAGAACUUCAAAAUCCUGCCAUUAGAGAAAGACACUGGAAUCAACUGGUGCAGGUGACCGGUGUGAGGUUUGUGAUGGACUCGGAUACCACGCUGGCUGACCUCCUGAAGCUCAACCUGCAUAACUUUGAGGAUGAGGUUCGUGGCAUUGUGGACAAAGCAGUGCGAGAAAUGAGUAUGGAGAAGGUCCUGAAGGAGCUAAAAAUGACUUGGAGCACCAUGGAGUUUCAGUAUGAGCCUCAUCCCCGGACGAGCACACCAUUGCUGAAGUCAGAUGAGGAACUCAUCGAAACUUUAGAAGACAACCAGGUGCAGCUGCAGAAUUUAAUGAUUUCCAAAUAUAUUGCUUUCUUCUUGGAGGAAGUGUCUGCGUGGCAGAGGAAGCUGUCCACCAUGGACUCCGUCAUUUCUCUCUGGUUCGAAGUGCAGCGAACCUGGUCUCACCUGGAGAGCAUAUUCAUAGGCUCAGAAGAUAUACGGGCACAGCUUCCUGAG